AUGCAGAUCGACGUCACGCUUGUGGCGCACAUCGUGGAGCAGACGCGCAUGCGGCUGAAGGCGCGGUACCUGAGCGGGGCACCUGGUCACACCUUUGGAAGCGGGGAGUACAUGACUCUUCCUGAUUUCUUCUUGAAGCACCAGAAGCAGGACAAGCGCGAGAUGAAAGUUGAAGGCGUUGACUGCGAGGGAAAUCUGGUAUCGUUCACUUUCGUUCUGCACGAGCGGCCGUUGAAAGUGCAGGAAACCGAUGGCGACGUGACAACCUGCUAUGAGCUAUCGUUGAAAUUUGUCCGCGCGAUUGACAAGGAACUGGAGUGGCGGAUGCGUGAUCUCGCCAACCUGGAGGGUUCGAAGCUGUUCCACACCGCAUCUUACCUCACGGAUGACGCCAAGCGCGUUGAGGCGUUCAAGCGCUGGCUGGGAAAACUGCACAAACUCUAUCACGAGAAGCUGCCAGCUUCAUUGCCUCCACCCAUCCACUCAGUCAUUGACUUCAUUGACAACUGCCUUGACGUCACCCCUUCUCUUCUUCCCCCCUUCUCUGCUGCUUCACCCCUUCUUCCCCCCUUCUCUGCUGCUUCACCCCUUCUUCCCCCCUUCUCUGCUGCUUCACCCCUUCUUCCCCCCUUCUCUGCUGCUUCACCCCUUCUUCCCCCCUUCUCUGCUGCUUCACCCCUUCUUCCCCUCUUCUCUGCUGCUUCACCCCUUCUUCCCCCCUUCUCUGCUGCUUCACCCCUUCUUCCCCCCUUCUCUGCUGCUUCACCCCUUCUUCCCCCCUUCUCUGCUGCUUCACCCCUUCUUCCCCCCUUCUCUGCUGCUUCACCCCUUCUUCCCCCCUUCUCUGCUGCUUCACCCCUUCUUCCCCCCUUCUCUGCUGCUUCACCCCUUCUUCCCCCCUUCUCUGCUGCUUCACCCCUUCUUCCCCCCUUCUCUGCUGCUUCACCCCUUCUUCCCCCCUUCUCUGUUGCUUCACCCCUUCUUCCCCCCUUCUCUGCUGCUUCACCCCUUCUUCCCCCCUUCUCUGCUGCUUCACCCCUUCUCUGCUGCUUCACCCCUUCUCUGCUGCUUCACCCCUUCUCUGCUGCUUCACCCCUUCUCUGCUGCUUCACCCCUUCUCUGUUGCUUCACCCCUUCUCUGAUGCUUCACCCCUUCUCUGCUGCUUCACCCCUUCUCUGCUGCUUCACCCCUUCUCUGCUGCUUCACCCCUUCCUGCUGCUUCACCCCUUCUCUGCUGCUUCACCCCUUCUCUGCUGGUUAGCAGCUACGUUAGCAGCUUUCUUAGCAGCGUUAGCAGCCCUUAG